AUGUCCAGAGAGUUUGCAACAUGUGUGGAGUACGGAUUGAGCCUUUCCAAGAGAAUUUACUACGGAAAGGAAUUGACUCCGGCGGCAGCGGAAGCGAUGACGCGAUCGAUGUCAAGUAAGUCAUCAGAGUUGGCGGAAAGUUACUUGCCGACGGCGGUGAUGGCUUAUGCGGUGGUACCGGAGCCGGAGCUGGUGGACAAUCCGGACGUACCGAGUUACCAGCCUUACGUUCACGGGCGGUGUGAGCCACCGGCGUUGAUACCGUUGCGGAUGCAUGGACUGGUUGCUAUGGAGAUUGAUUGCUUUUUUGAUCAUGCAAACGUUUGCUUUAGCGGCGCGUGGCGCGUGCAUUGCAUUAAAGCGAGUAGGAAGUGUGAUGUCCGCAUUGCUGUUCCCAUGGGAGAGCAGGGUUCACUUCUAGGUGUCGAGGUUGAUGUUACUGGAAGAUCUUAUCAUAGUAAGCUGAUCGAAGCAGCAGAUGCUAAUGAUGGAGAAAAAGUAAGCAAAGGAUGGAAUGGGCGUUUGAUAAAAGGCAGCAUAUAUACUUUUAAAAUUCCACAGGUUGAAGGAGGGUCAACUUUCUCUAUCAAAGUGACUUGGUCUCAAAAGUUACUAUAUCAUGAGGGUCAAUACUGUCUCAAUGUACCAUUUAGUUUUCCAGCAUUUGUCAACCCCCUCGGCAAGAAGGUUUCUAAGAGGGAAAAGAUACUGUUAAAUGUGAACUCUGGUGUACGUAAAGAAAUUUUAUGCAAGAGUGCUAGCCAUGCUCUAAAGGAGCUAAGGCGUGAAGUUGGUAAAAUGGGUUUCUUAUAUGACGCUGAAGUACUGACUUGGUCAAGUGCUGACUUCAAUUUUUCCUACAAUGUCUACUCCAUGGAUUUAUUUGGUGGUGUGCUUUUGCAGUCCCCAUCCUUACGAGAUUAUGAUGACAGACAGAUGUUUUUCUUCUAUCUUUUCCCUGGAAACAACCAGAGCAUGAAGGCUUUCAGGAAGGAAGUAAUAUUUUUAAUUGAUAUCAGUGGAAGCAUGAAGGGGGAUCCUUUCGAGAGUGCAAAGAAUGGACUAUUGUCAUCUCUCCUUAAGCUCAACCCUGAAGAUUCUUUCAACAUUAUAGCUUUCAAUGGGGAGACCUACUUAUUUUCAUCAUUGAUGGAGCAGGCAACUGAAGAAGGAAUAUUAAAAGCUACUCAAUGGCUUAAUGAUAAAUUAACUGCAGAUGGUGGCACCAACAUUUUAGCCCCCUCAAACAGUUCUCAGUUUUUUUUUUCCUCAAAAGCUAUAAAGCUGUUGGCUGAAACUACCAAUUCAAUUCCUCUCAUUUUCCUCAUCACUGAUGGGGCUGUUGAAGAUGAAAGAGAUAUUUGCAAUUUUGUCCAAGGUUCUCUCACAAGCAGGGGAUCAAUUUCUCUUCGCAUAAGUACAUUUGGCAUAGGUACAUAUUGUAACCACUAUUUCUUGCGAAUGCUAGCACAAAUUGGGAGGGGUCACUUUGAUACUGCUUAUGAUGCAGAUUCGGUUGAUUUUCGAAUGCAGAGAUUAUUUACAACUACAUCAUCAAUCAUUCUAGCCAAUAUUACCAUUGAUGGUUUGGAACAUCUGGACUCGCUUGAGUUGCUUCCAUUUUGUAUUCCAGACCUCUCGUGUGGAAGCCCACUGGUUGUGUCAGGAAGAUAUAGUGGAAACUUUCCAGAGACUGUCAAAAUAAGUGGCACCUUGGCAGAUAUGAGCAAGUUCACAACAGACAUGAAAGCAAAAAAGGCAAAGGAUCUGCCAUUUAAUAGGGUAGUUGCGAGGAGACAAAUUGAUUUACUCACUGCUAAGGCAUGGUUGUCAGGAAGUAAAGAACUGGAACGGAAGGUUGCAAGAAUGAGCAUACAGACUGGGGUUCCAUCUGAAUACUCCCUCAUGGUUUUGCAUCACACUCUUAGAGAAGACAAAGCCCCAGAAACAAUUCUGAUACAGGAUGUGUUCAACAAGAUCAACCCUCUUAAGAAAAUGGACUUACAGACGACGAUCAUGUUGGGGAACCUAUGCGUUGGCUUUGGCAACUUAACUGCAACAGCUGAAAACAUUCCUCCAGGGACUGAGGAGACAAAGUCAUCUGAUGCUACUGAAAUGUUGGUUAGGGCUGCUUCCAACUGCUGUGGCAGGGUGGUCGAUCGCUGCUGUUGCAUGUGCUUCAUCCAAACUUGUUCAUAUAUGAAUAAUCAAUGCACUAUUGUCUUCUCCCAGAUCUGCGCUGCCCUUGCUUGCUUUGAGUGCAUAAACUGUUGUAUUGAGCUCUGCGAAUGCGGGUAA